AUGGGCGGAGACGCGGGGAAGCGAGAAGGCGCCCCUCCCAUCGGGCCCACCGCGGGCGCACAGCGCGCGCCUGGUGUCCGCUGUGCUUCUCCGGAACCGGAGCUGGCAACGAGCCGCGACAACCCCCCACGCUCCUGCGCGGCGAUACCCCGGUGGGCGGAGCACUUGCCCUGCACCGCCGGGGCCUUUUGCGCAAAGCGAAGUGCAGGGCCGCGUUUCCAGCGCACGCUGCUGAGGCGCCGCGCUGUUGCUCGGGCCCGGGGGGGCUCCUGGCAAAACCAGCGCCGGCGGGGCUCGCCAGGAAAGCGCUCUCGGGCCGAGGGCCUCCCCCCACGACCACGCGGAAGGGCGCUUCGCGCCGGCGGCCGCGGCGAAAGGUCCCCCCGGCAGAGCUGUGCGCAAAGCGGGGGCGCGCCGCACCAAUUUCUAAAGAGGGCGCGGCGUCUUGCUUAG